GAAAUAUUUAAAUAACGAGAUUGAAGGAAUUGAAGUAGACGUGGUCAAACAAUACAGGUGUAACAUAAUCGCGGUUCACACUAAACCGAAUAUGGCAACAAACGUAAUUUUUCUGAUAUUCUGUGUACUGCUAGUUGCUGCCGAUAAGACGAAGGAUGAUAUAAAGGAACUAGAGGCGUUUAAGAGCAACAAAGUAUCCCCUGAUGUCGUAUCAGCUGUUCCAGAUAAAUUAUUACAAGUCACUUACAAGGCAGAUAAGAAAGUUGAGCUCGGAAAUGAACUUACACCGACUCAAGUACUUGAACAACCCCAAUUAACGUACGAAGGAGAAGAUAAUUCUUUUUAUACAUUAAUUCUUACUGAUCCAGACGCACCCAGCAGAAGUAAUCCAAAAUCGAGAGAAUGGAAUCAUUGGCUAGUAGUCAACAUCCCUGGAUCCAAAAUAUCACAAGGCGAAACCAUAAGCCACUAUGUUGGAUCAGCACCACCCAAAGGCUCAGGACUCCACAGAUACGUGUUUCUACUAUACAAACAACCAGAAAAACUGAAAUUUGACGAGCCCAAACACGGCCCUACCGACGGAAAUCGCGGAAAAUUCAACACCGAAAACUUUGCUAAGAAAUAUAAGUUGGGUAAACCCAUCGCUGGAAACUUCUUCCAAGCUCAGUGGGAUGAUUCUGUACCAGCUAGUCACAAAAAGCUUGGUUUUUAGUUCAAUUUGAACAUAUUGGUCGGUUCUACAAAGUUCCACAAUUAAAUAACGGACAAGCUUAAAAAUAAAAUUAAUUAAGAAGCGCAGAUAGCAAAUAUGUAUCGUUAGUUGACCAAUAAUUUUUUUAAAGUAUAAUAUUUAUUGAUCUAUUACUUUAGUUGCAAGUGAAGAAGCUUUGUGAAACUGGUCAUAAAUACUCUUAAAGAUUUGGCUACAAAUUAUAAAAUUUUUAAUGUAAAUGGCUUAAUUUAUUUUUGUACCGAUUAUAUUCGGUGUAGUUAAAUUGUAGGAA